UGCGAGAACUCGAGUAUUAGAUGUUAUCGGUACAUCUCUAGCCGAACUGGUUGCUAUUGAUGGUUAAGUUAUUCAAUGCAUAUCUAAAAUGGCUUUGCGGAUUUUUGGAGCAGUUAGGCAGUCUUUCACAAGACAUUUCGAAAUACAAAGUGGCAUUAAUUGGAGUUCCUUAAAUUCCUUACGAUACACCAGCUUCUACAAUAAAUUACCUGCUGAGGACAUAUGGCGUGGAGUAACAUCUGUAAGCAACGCUGGCAAGAAAAGAGGCAGAGGAAAAGGGGCUGGUAAAAAGUUAGCUAAAGAUCUCAACAGGGGUCAGACAAUUGGAGUUGGAAGCAAAAAUGUUUUGUGGCCAGGUUUAAACGCUCCUAUUCUCCGAGGGAAGACUUUAAUUCAGCAAGAACAAUUAUCGGAGAGUAAUGAAGUUGAUAAAAAUAUGCAAAAAAUUAGAGAUCAAAUGAGCAAUUUUCGAUUUGCAAAGUUAAGUUCAAUAGAUCGUGGUUGGUCUGGAGCAAAAAUGCCUGGCCGUAGUAUUGGGCCACCUGACCCGAUUGGAGAUGAGUAUUUUGACAAUUUCGAUACACGGGUUCUUGAAAAUAAAAUUGUAUUUAUUAUGAAAGGAAAUAUGGGAAGAAAAAGACGUUACUCAGUUCUUACGAUUACUGGAAAUAAACAAGGUUUGGGAGGUUUUGCUGUCGCCAAAGCCCCUGAAGUUAGAACUGCUUUAAGAAAAUCUAAGAAUAGAGCAGCUCAAAAAACUAUAAAAAUUGAGUUGUGUGAUGGCCACACAAUAUUCCAUGACUUCUCUUGCGCAUUUGGUCAAACAAGAAUUUUUGUAGAAAGAAAACCGGAAGGUUAUGGUCUUAUUUGUCACCGUGCAAUUGAAACUAUUUGCAAAGUCAUUGGAAUUCGGAAUUUGUACGCAAAGAUAGAAGGCUCCACAAAUUUGCAACAUAUUGUUAAAGCAUUUUUUCUGGGAUUAUUACAACAAAAAACCCACGAAGAAAUCGCCCAGCAAACUAAUUUACUUGUUGUAGAGUUUCGUAAUGAAGCUGGAAAACAUCCACGAAUCGUAUCCCAACCAGAAUAUUGUAGAACAAAUGAACAGAUUAAGCAAAACGAAGUUUUAGACUACAAUCAAUAUGUUUUAGGUGAUAAGAUUAUUUUGAAAAAAGAUAAGCUCGAUCCGUUCUUUGUUAAUAGUAGAGGAUAUAUAUUGUACUUAAAAAGGAAAGAACAAAUUCGAAAUCAAAAUAAGGUACGAGCAAACAUGCUAGCAUUUAACGAAGACCAUAUAAAAGUUUGCAGCAAAUUAGAAAAGUAGAUAAACUUAUUUGCACUAAUUUUAAGAGGAGUGUCACCUAAUAUUUGAUAAAAAAAAACAACCUUAUGUGUAAAUACAUAAAGCUUUAAUUUUAAUAAAAAUAACCCAUGAUUUUUUUUUGUUAGAAAUACAAACUGUUAUAAAAGAAGGGUUUGGACCAAAUGAGCCAUAAAAAUUUACUUGCUAUUUAGAUUUUAAUAAAUGAAAAUAACUGCGCUCAUUUAAUACUAUUUUUCCUUUUAGAACUAAUAUAUGCCACCAAAAACUCAAAUUUUUCACACUCAGUCCGUAUAAUUCCAAAUGUUUUAUGAAAAAAUAGAAAUUUAAGACUCAUUUUCAUUAAUUCCAUUGAAUUGAGAUUUUUGGGCUUAACUUUAAUUUUUUGUUUACAAAAUUUGAAAUAUGUUGGCUUUAGAAUUUUAUCCGAUUUUAAUGGAUUAUUGUAUCUAAACGCGUUGAUCGAUUUAAUUAAAUUAUAAUAUGCAAUGAAUUAAA